AUCUUACAUACGGCUGGCCAAAUCGAGAUUAUGCGGCACUGGCUGAUGCAGCUUGUGCCUCGUAGGAAUGAAGAUAAACAUAAAUCAGUAGCUGCGACUACAAGUAAAAUUAUUCAAAAACACCAAAAAAUUAUCAGUUUUUCAAGAAACAUUGAAAUACUUUAUUCGUAUAUUGCGUUGCUUCAGUUUGUGUCAAACACGAUAAUGAUAUGUUCUAUUGGUUUUGUUAUCGUAACAGCAAUUGGAAGUCCUAACGCGGUAGAACAAAUAAUGAAAUCACUUCUAUUCUACACUAUAACAAAUCUCGAAGCAUUUAUAUUUUGUUAUGCUGGAGAAUAUUUGAACAACAAGAGUAAAGAAAUUGGGGUCGCGGCGUACAACUGUGAAUGGUACGAUUUGAAAUCUACUGAAAGUCGAAUCUUGUUAUUUAUCAUAUUGAGAUCGCAAAAACAAUUGACACUCACGGUAGGAAAGAUGAUGGAUCUGUCUUUGCAAGCUUUUACAAGCAUCAUGAAUGCUUCGGGUUCAUAUUUAUCAAUGCUGUUGGCGAUGCAAUGAACGAGGGUCAAUAACUUUUAAGUAAUUAUAGAAAAUAUAAAUUAUUCCUAAUUCACUAGUUAUAAAAACGCACAUUGUACUAC